CAUCUGCUUAGACAAUACCAGUCCUCGAAACGCUCAGGAGGCAAGCCAGCCCACACCUCUUGGUUGACGCGACUGGUUAGUCGGCGGCCGGUGCACCUCGCGACCAUGGAGGCGUCCUGCAGCUCGCACUGCCAGGGCGCCGCGACCUCUAGACUAGGGCAACGAGGAUGGCGCAUGCCUCCUGCCAGGGUGCUGCGGCUGCGCAUGCAGGCGUCGAUGCCCGUGGAAAUUGGCAAGCUCGAGAAGCAGCCAAUUCCAGUGCCGAAAGACUACAAGCCCUCCGUGGUGCCAGGCAGCCGGACACGACCCACGCCUCGGCUGGAUGCAGUUCAGAUGAUUGACCGCCUGCAGCGAACACUACCUGUUUAUGUUCGCGAGCAAUUUGGUUCCUUCUACAGCAGCCACAUGGGCGGUAUCGUCACUGACCCCGCGCUAAUGAUGCUGCCGCCCGACGACCAGCUGGUCUGCAAAGGCCACGGCGUUUCAGAAGUCGUGGUGCUCAGAGAGGGCCACAUCUACCUGCUCGACCGCCACAUACAGCGGUUAAAGGAGUCUUGUGAGCAGGUCGGGAUCGCGCUGCCCUUCGAGGAGGCGUCGCUCAAACGUAUCCUUCUGGACGUGGCGGCAGCCAGCGGGCGCGUGAACGGCGUGGUGCGGUUCUGGGCAACCCCGGGGCGAGGCGGAUUCAGCACGGUGGAGACGGGGGGCGCGGAGCCGGCGUUUUACGCGCUGUGCCUGGGUGACACCUACUACAUGGACCGCAUGGAGGCCUGGCCCGCCAUGCUGGUGUCUCAGCCCGUGACACCCACCCUCACCUCCAACGUGCCCGGCAACCAGCACCUGCUCACCAGCGUCACGCAGCUCAUUGCGGGCGAGGAGGGCAUGAAGGCGACGCUAUUCACGGACGAGGAGGGCUUUGUGCAGCACGGCAGCGGCUUCACGGUCUGCAUCCUCACCAACAGCGACGUGCUCGUCUACCCGCCCAACGCGCACGUGACGCCCAGCAUCACGCUAGAACGUAUCCUCGAGAUGAUCCCCGCGGAGCGCGCCCGCUCCCCGGAUGACGUGGUCGUGCGGGAGGUGCAGCAGCGCAAGCUGCACAUCAGCGAGCUGCAGGCUGCCAAGGAGGCGUUCCUGGUGUGCACUACCUACACCGUGGCGCCGCUGGCCUCGGUGGACGGCGCGCCCAUUGCGGACGGCGCCACUGGCGUCACCACCCUGGCGCUGCACUACAUGCUGGACAACGACAUGAGGCCGCCGCCGCCGGGCGUGAUCAGCGACCGCCACACGUCCGUGCCGUACGGCUACCUGACCGGCAUGCGCGACCAGCUGGUGUGAAGAAAGCGUGGAAGGGGAGGGCGCGAGGCAGAGUGGUGAGGAGGAAGGCGAGUGGGUUGUGGAGAGAAUGCUGCGCUUGAAGCAGGCUCACGAUGGCAGGCGCUGUGUGUGCGCGCGAUGAAGGACAGGUGUCAGGUUGGACGCAUGGCGCCGAGUGAAUGAUGGUUGAGGGCUUGCGUGCUAUGAGUGGAUGCGGCAUGUGGCACCAUUCGGCCCUGCCGACGGGUCAGGCAUUUGGUGGACCAAUGUAACGCAACAUGGUU